CAUGUGGUUGACCUUCGGCCAUUUUUUUCAAAAUCAAAAUCAUUUACAAAUAAGUCAUAUAAGGGAUGCCUGUUCCAACAGAGCUUGAUCCACCACCACCGGCAAACUCAAGACAACCGGGGGUAACCACUUCUCUUUUAUAUAGUGGCUCAAAAUUCCAAGGUAACCAGAAAAGCAAGGGCAAUAGUUAUGGUGUCGAAGUGAAUUUGCAGCAUGUUGACAUGGAGAAUUCCUAUCUCUGUGGGUACUUAAAGAUAAAAGGUCUAACUGAAGAGUAUCCCACCCUCACAACAUUCUUUGAUGGAGAAAUCAUUAGUGAUCGAUACAAGUUCCUCACUCGUAAAUGGGACGCAGAUGAAGAUGUUGACAGGAAACAUUGGGGAAAAUUCCUGUCCUUCUAUCAGUUUGCUAAAACAUUCAAUUCUGACACCUUUGACUAUGAAGAGCUUAAAAAUACAGACUUCGUUUUCAUGAGGUGGAAGGAACAUUUUCUUGUGCCAGACCACACUAUUAAAGAUAUAAAUGGUGCUUCAUUUGCUGGGUUUUACUACAUAUGCUUUCAAAAGUCAACAGCCUCUAUAGAUGGCUACUACUACCACAGAAGCUCAGAAUGGUUUCAGUCGCUGAAUUUAACCCAUGUACCAGAACACAGUGUCGCUGUAUAUGAGUUCAGAUAAACCCCCAUUUUUCCAACAGGAUGAGAUUAUCAAAUUGGUGGAGAUGGAAAUAUGAACCAUACUGAGGAGUCGUGGAGUGAAAUUUAUCGUAAUAUUCAAUGGAAUUUUCCCUUGCUCGAGCUCUAGGGAAAUUUCUGCUCCAUUGGGGGAAAUUUCCCCUCCAUAGUGCCAAAUUAAGAGAUUAUGGAUGACAAUGUUGAAGGAAUGGCAAAUACGAUCCAUUAGUAAUAGAAUUGAUUCUGUGAAUGAAUUAAACAUACACAAUUACCAUCUAAUUGUACUGAGACAAUUUCUCUUAUUGUUUGUCAUCAACCUGUGUAACUACGUAUAUCGUGCAGUCCUUCAUAAUCAUAUCUGCCAACCCUCGGUAUGAUUCAGGAGGUGAUCAGUUUUUGGCAUCUCUCGGGCGAUGGAUCCCUUGUAUAGUCUAACCAUAUUGCUUAGAUAACCACUGGUUAAGGGACAUUGCUUAUUAUUAUACCAUGUGUAAGCCAUUGUAUAAAUAAACAAUUGAUAGUAUGGACCAGAUUUUCUUGUAAUUACCCAUGGGCUCUUAAAUGAA